CCGGGGCCAGCUCGCGGCCCGCCCCGCCGCCCCGGCCCCCCGGAUGAGGGUAUAUAUUCGGAGCUGGCGCGGGACGCCGAGGAGUGGCCGCACGGAGCCGGAGCCGGGCGGAGCCGCGGUCACGCUGAGGGAGGUUUACAGGCCCAGAGAUUAUACUUCUGUCUUCACCACCACCAGAGCAUUAUGAAUGUUAAUGAUCUCAAAGUCAGGUUGUCCAAAGCUGGACAGGAACACCUGCUACAGUUCUGGAAUGAGCUGGAUGAAGCCCAACAGGUAGAACUUUAUGCAGAGCUCCAGGCCAUGAACUUUGAGGAGCUGAACUUCUUUUUCCAGAAGGCCAUUGAAGGAUUUAACCAGUCGUCUCAGCAAGAGAAAAUGGAUGCCCGCAUGGAGCCUGUCCCUCGAGAGGUGUUGGGCAGUGCCACCAGGGACCAAGAUCGGCUGCAAGCCUGGGAGAGUGAAGGACUUUUCCAGAUUUCUCAGAACAAAGUGGCAGUUCUCCUUCUAGCUGGCGGGCAGGGGACGAGACUUGGUGUUGCAUAUCCCAAGGGAAUGUAUGAUGUUGGUUUGCCGUCUCACAAGACGCUUUUUCAGAUUCAGGCGGAGCGUAUCCUGAAGCUUCAACAGUUAGCUGAAAAAUACCAUGGCAGCAAAUGUAUCAUUCCAUGGUAUAUAAUGACCAGUGGCAGAACAAUGGAAUCUACAAAGGAAUUCUUCACAAAGCACAAGUACUUUGGUUUGAAAAAAGAGAAUGUAAUCUUUUUUCAGCAGGGAAUGCUCCCUGCUAUGAGUUUUGAUGGGAAGAUUAUUUUGGAAGACAAGAACAAGGUUUCUAUGGCUCCAGAUGGGAAUGGUGGUCUUUAUCGGGCGCUUGCAGCCCAGAAUAUCGUGGAGGACAUGGAACAGAGAGGCAUUUGGAGCAUUCACGUCUACUGUGUUGACAACAUCCUAGUGAAAGUGGCAGACCCCCGGUUCAUUGGCUUCUGCAUCCAGAAAGGAGCAGAUUGUGGUGCAAAGGUGGUAGAGAAAACGAACCCUACGGAGCCUGUGGGAGUGGUUUGCCGAGUGGACGGGGUCUACCAGGUGGUGGAAUAUAGUGAGAUCUCCCUGGCCACAGCUCAGAAACGAAGCUCGGACGGGCGACUACUGUUCAACGCGGGGAACAUUGCCAACCACUUCUUCACUGUCCCGUUUCUGAGAGAUGUUGUCAAUAUUUAUGAACCUCAGUUGCAGCACCAUGUGGCUCAAAAGAAGAUUCCCUACGUGGAUUCCCAGGGGCAGUUAAUUAAGCCAGACAAACCAAAUGGAAUAAAGAUGGAAAAAUUCGUCUUUGACAUCUUCCAGUUUGCAAAGAAGUUUGUGGUGUAUGAAGUACUACGUGAAGAUGAGUUUUCCCCGCUGAAGAACGCGGACAGUCAGAACGGGAAGGACAAUCCUACUACCGCGCGACAUGCCCUGCUGUCCCUUCAUCACUGCUGGGUCCUCAACGCGGGGGGCCACUUCAUAGACGAAAACGGCUCUCGCCUCCCAGCCAUUCCUCGCAGUGCUACAAAUGGGAAGUCAGAGACCAUCACAACUGAUGUCAAUCUCAACUUGAAGGAUGCCAAUGAUGUACCAAUUCAGUGUGAAAUCUCUCCUCUUAUCUCCUAUGCUGGAGAAGGAAUAGAAAGUUACGUGGCAGAUAAAGAAUUCCACGCGCCUUUAAUCAUUGAUGAGAACGGAGUCCAUGAGCUGGUGAAGAACGGCCUGUGAACUGGAGACUAAGUUCCACCACAAUUUGUGAGGUUUGAGUUCUCCGUCAGAACGAGCUCCGAGUGGAUUGUGAGGACAGAACUGCUCAGUGUUAGCACCUGAAUGGUACGCUUCAUUUCCUUUUUCCUGGACCUUCAUCUGCGGUUUCCUCUCUCCCCAUCUUUAGGCUCCUAUGGCUAAUUUCAGGAAGGGGAGGAUGGGCAGGAUGGGGGCAGUGGUGUUACUGGAGAGGAGCGGUGGCUGAGGGACACUGGGUGCAGUGAGAGCAAAGGGUCUGGGAGCCACUGAGCCGUGACGUUACGAGGUGGCUACAUUAUACACCUUUACAAGUCCUUGGUAAAUAAUUGUUCUAAUUCAGAAAAUACAGAAUUGGGUAAAAUGGUUAUAAAAACAUGAACUAGACUCAUUUGGCAACAGUGUGGUAGAAUUUAUAUGACAGUUAAUAAUCACUUUGAGUGUCAUUGAAAUCACCCUUGCAAGUAUGUUAAUAACUUUACUGAUAGUCACAGAUGAACAUAUAAGCCAAAUAGGCUGUGUUAUUUGAAUAUUUGAUUUUUAUUCCUCAAUUUCCCUCUUGCUUCUUGAAAUUGAUGCAGUUUUGGUAUCUAAAAAGGAAUUACUAGGGAUAUCUACAGAAAGAUGAACAAAAAUAAUUUUAUGUUCAAUCUAGCCCUUCUUUUCCCCAGUUUGAAUUGUUAUUGGUAACAGCGUGGGUUCAUUGCUAACCGCAGCUUACUAUCUGCAGUGUUUCCUCUUGGUGACUCAUCACGGCACAGUCAGAUCUCAGUUAUCUAGGUAAAACGAGGCGAGGACAAACACAUAAUCCAAGAGAGAGACUAAAACACAAGCCAUUCAGUCGACUUGGAAGUGUGGUUUCCUACUAGAUGAGACUGAUGCUUUUGCAGUUCAUGGCCCUCCAGAGAGCCCCAGUUUGGGAAAGGCAUGCUGGGAAGUGAUGGAGUGAGUCAGCCAAAGAGGUCUGAGUGCCUGUCACAUGCCCAGCACUCCCUGGGAUAAAAGCACAGAGCCCUCUCCUUACACGGCUUGCGUUCUGGUUCCGGGGAAAAAAGUAACCCCCUUAAAUAACGCAAGGAUGAUUUAGUACUAAAAUGCAAGGAAGCAAGGUCAGUGGGAGGUGAACAAGGGUCAUCGUUAUGGACUGGAGUUUGGUACGGCAGAACAUCUCCACGACAAACCCUGUUAUCUUGAGAGAGGGGAUGUUAGGGUCAGAAGUUUCUGUUCCAACAAGAAGACAUACCUUAAUAGUUCUACCAUGUCUUAUGAAAAACCAGUGAGGUUUUUACUCAUCAGAACCAUGUUUCGCUCAUAGUAAGCUCUCAAAUAAUUUGGCUCUGAUUCUAUUGGAUUUAGUUGCCUUAAAAUCAAACGUGUAUUGUGAUUCAGAUAUGGAUUAUUAAUGGGAGUUGGUGAUUGUGGGGAGGAGGGGUUACUUAGCCGCAUCCAGUUGCCAGGUGCUGUCCAAAUUGUAGGGUUAAUGAGCAGACCUGUAACGGUGAUUUUUCCAAGUGUGGUCCCCUGACUGGGUACAUCCGUGUCACCUGGAAACUUGUUAGAAACACACAUUCUCAGAAUCACUCCGUUAUGCAUUCGUGGGUGGGGCCUAGAAACUUCUAUUCUGACACGCCCUCCAGGUGAUUCCGAUGUAUCCCAAAGUUUGGGAACCAUUGCUGUAAGAAGGCUAACCAAAAGGUCAGGGGCAGUACCAAAAAGAACAUACCCUAGGGGAAACAGGCCCGUGUGUGUAGAGCAAGAAUAGGGGAAGCCAGACACCAAAUAGAUCUGGCUUAGGUGAGCUUUAUUCUUUAAAAGACAGAGGGAAUGGUGGCGGUGGUGGUGAGAGUAGAAGACGGAGCUAGAGAGACCUGACCUGGACGCUUGUAAUUGUGAAGGACAAUGGUUUCUAAACCCUUGGAUUCUCUGGAUUGCUUGGAGAGAUUUAAAAAAAAACAAAAAAACCAAAAAC